GUGACAAUUGAUAUAAAAAAUAUUGUAAACUCAAAAUAUCAGUCGAAAUACAAAAUUUCUAGUUAUGAGCGGGACAAACGGAAGUAAUCGCGUCGAUGUUAUCGGACGUCCGGUUGUUACUACCGAAAAUCAAGCCAACAGCGCAAUCGAAAAAAUUGCCUCUGUGACUUCGUUCAUUUUAUUUUUAGUCUUCUUCCCGAUUUCAAUAUUUGCAUGUCUGGUUGUAAUGUUGGAAUUCCAACGUGCAGUUGUGUUUCGGUUGGGACGAUUAAGGAAGGGUGGUCCGCGUGGUCCAGGUAUAUUUUUCAUUUUACCUUGCAUUGAUAGCAUCGUCAGUGUCGAUUUGCGAACGGUUUCAAUUGAUGUGGCGCCGCAAGAAGUACUCACAAGAGAUUCAGUGACAGUUACACUCGAUGCUGUCAUCUACUACCGCAUAGAUGAUCCUCUACGAGCUGUCAUUCAAGUUGCUAAUGUUAUGUCAUCGACAAUGCUGUUAGCUCAGACCACGUUGCGAAAUGUGGCAGGCACAAAAAUGCUCAUGGAGCUAUUGGCCGAUAAAGAGUCCAUUUCCAAGACUAUCGAGGAUAUUUUAGAUGUAGCAACCGAUCCUUGGGGAGUCAAGGUGGAGCUUGUCGAAAUCAAAGAUGUUCGCCUGCCUUUUUCGCUGCAACGCGCUAUGGCCGCCGAAGCAGAAGCUACACGUGAGGCCAAAGCGAAAAUUGUUGCCGCAGAAGGUGAAUACAAAGCAUCGACAGCACUGAAGCAGGCUUCAGAUAUAAUCGGAAUGAAUCCAAUUGCCUUACAGUUGCGGUACUUGCAAACUAUGAACACAAUAUCGGCGGAACACAAUUCAACAAUUAUAUUUCCGUUUCCGAUUGAGCUGAUGGAUAUUUAGAUGUUUUAUUAGAAUUGUGGAGCGAAGUGUUUUUUAUUUACAUAUAUGUGUGGAAUACAUUAAAUUGGGCGUUUGCUAAGCUAAAUCAGUAAUCCACCUUUAAACUCAUGGGAGGAAAAGACGCUAAUGAUAGUUGCGCCAGGUCGAUCGAAGAUAUUUUUGCCCCAACGAGUAAAUUACCAUUAGAGAUCAAAAUGGACUGAACAUCUGAGAUCUUUAAUCCUCUGAUGUGAAUAAACGGUGUCAACCGUAAGAAUUAUGUCGACGACUUCAAAGUUCCGACUGUGAAUAAAACGAAAUAGGUAUUUGAUAUUAAUACCUACCAAAACAGAUGUA